AUGUCGCAACUCGUCGGCAAGGUAAACAGCUUCAAUGCGGAGGCUUCCGGGCCAACCGCGCAUACCCGUCUCGCCUACUCGCGCACAUGGCACCAUGUCGAUGCCGGCACCGACGAACGAUCCCUCGGCCGCCUCGCCUCGUCGAUCGCCCUCGUUUUGAUGGGAAAGAACAAGCCUAUCUACGACCCUUCAACAGACUGCGGUGACUACGUCGUCGUCGUCGGAUGCCAUGAUCUUAAGACCACGGGAAAGAAACGAUUCCAGAAGAUGUACUACACUCACAACACGCGGCCCGGUAGCUUGAAGAGCAUGACGAUGGAUCAGAUGUUUGCCAAAUGGGGUGGAGGUGAAGUUCUGCGCCGCGCUGUCCGGGGCAUGCUGCCUAAGAACCGUCUUCGGGAUAUUCGUCUGGCUCGAUUGAAGACUUUCGAAGGCCUUGCCCACCCCUACAAGGAGAAUAUCGUCAAGUUCGGCAACCAAUCCGUGAUCGGAAACAUGCCCGAAGUGCAAGAAGCAUUCAAGGUGGCCGCCGAGAAGCCCACCGCAUAG